AUGACAGCGCGUGGUACGGAAUCCGAAUUGGCCCAUUUAAUUGCCAAACAUCAGGCUGAGAUGCGCCACCUACGCCAAUCUUGCGCAGAACAGGUUCGGGCGGCAGAUGGUCGAGCCUAUCAAACUUACACCGGACAGAUAGAGGAAAUUCGUCAAACUUUGACGCGGGAGAAAGAGGAGGCUUGUGCGAGAGAACGGGAAGCUGCUACGCAAAGGUCCCGCUUUGUUUGA